AAAAUGUAAUAUUUCAUACUAAUGGCAUAAAAUACAUCUUAAUGAAGUACUAUUAAAUACAGUUUCUAUAAAAUAUAAUAUUGUCAUAAAUAAAAUGUAGCUAUGAGAAUAAGUAAAUAAUCCUCUAAGAGGUUUAUGGGUGUGAUUUGUGAUGAUUUAUAUAUAAAUCAUAUAGCUAUAUAUAGUUAUAGUGGAUGUUUUAAUAUGUAGAUACAAUUAAUCUAAUGUUACGUAAAAAAGGCCAAUCCUAGAAUUGUGGGAAAACCACAGAUCUGGCAACCCUGAUUGUGACUGUAGCUCCAAAACUGAUUUUCAAUAUUUUCUGGGAUUAUGAAUUAAAUUUCUAGACCCAUGUCCUCAGCUGUAUGGAAAUAACUUCACCAAUUAUAAGAAAGAAAAAACAUCAUUUUUGAGUUUCUUGAUAGAUGGGCUUUUCUGUUUUUCCUUUAUCGCAUCUGGUUUAAUCGGCAUCCUGUUGUGCCUGUUUGCUUUAAGUUAUUUUUAGCAUUUUAUAUGGAAUGUUUAGAAAAACAGAAAAGAACGUAUUCAGAUUUAUUCUGAUUUUGUUGGUGUAAAUAUUAAAGUCCUCCUGAACAUGUAAUUAGAUAUAGUUAAAAAUAAUCUAUGUACAAAAAUUCAUUGUUUAAUUGUUUUUUGAAUGCCUAAUGACCAAAAUGGCUUUGGUGCAUUGAUUGUACUUCAUUAAAAAGCAAUUGGAAAACAUGUCUUUGUAUGCCAAAUAGCCUACUCUGACUAGCAUUGGCUAACUUAGCUAGUCAGCUGACUAGCUGCUAGUACAGUAGCCUGAUUUUUCACACAAGUGGUGUUUCACUAUCUGAGUCUUAAUUAGCCUUGUCAUAUUCUCAGUGAUUUAUUUCAACAUAGCUAAACAUGUCAAAACAUUACCAUAAAACUCAUCACUAAUAGUAGCUGCCAAGCUAGCGAUAGUAAACUAGCUUAUAUUCGUGCCAGGUCAACACUUGUGAGACCUCAGUAUCUUGUCUUGAUUUUGAUCACCAUAUUCUCAGUGAUAUAACUGACAGUUGAAAAACUUGCCAAAAUAAACCAUAACAACAAAUGCUGUGUUAGCUAGUCCUGCUAAUUUGAAGUAAACUAACGCACUUUUGUCACAGGUUGACAUGAGAGAGACUUUUGUAUCUGACUCUCAGUGUGUGUCUUGUCCUCAAUAUAACCUAACACUAUUUUGUUGUUAUUAUUAGCAAUAGAGUAGGAUCGCUAACAGGGCUGCUAGGUUAGCAUGUGACUUCUGAGGUAAAAGUUUCUGAAAAAUGUGUCUCUUUGAAUUGUGCCAGGUAAUUUGACACAAACACAUUCCAAAUAUGUAAUCAGAAUCAGCCUUUCAACUUUCAGUCAAUUAAAUCAUUUAAAAAGGUCACAGUUUUUGAGUUCAAGGGUGAUUUAAACAGUUUGUUCACAUUGUGUUCUAUCAAUUUAUGCUACAUUGUAGCCUCAGGCAUGUGAGUUGGCUAGAAAGUGCUGUUCUUCUUUUUACAACUGGAAGUAAAACUUGGCUAACGAUUCAAUUCAAUAAUUGAAUUAAUUUUUUUUUUUACAGUGCUUUUAACAGAUAUUGAUCACAUGAUGCAUCAAAUUGUUAUUUUCUGCAGUUUUCUUUUUCUGUUUGCCAUAAAAAUAUUUUGAGAACUCACCACAUACUCCAGGAAUUGAAAACUAUUUCUCAAAGUUACUUGUGCAUAUCUUCAGCUUUGUUACAUUCGUACAACAUUUCACCCAGUUUGCCUUUUUCCCCAUCUGUAUCUGUCCUAUUGUGAGCCGUGUUGAUUUUCCUGUGGAGAAUUUGCAGGGUUUGUGUCAACCCAUCACUCGCUAAAGUUGGCAUUGCUCCCCUUCUCCGCUCUAGCUUUAGCAUUCAAGGCGCUCCAGCUCUGUCAUGACACCUAGCCUUGGAUUUUGGCAGCCUCUGUCCAUUUCUUCCGUUAGCGCAUAUGAGAUUCCAGCCUGCGGCCUGCCAUCUGGAAGAGCUGCCUGGCUUAUAAUUGAUGACUGCUAAUAAAAAGCUCCCACACACACGCGAUGCUCAAUCCUGAAUCAUAUUUAUGCCCGGCUGUUAUGGGACGUGUAAGAAAACAGCCUCUUUUAAAGCAGUGUUUAUACAGAGGGUUUUAAAAUGGAGCUUUAACCUCUUUAGGAGGGAGUUUGGCUUGUAGUUGUCUGGGAAGUGGUCCAAAAAAUGAGGGAAUGACUGAGAGGAUAAGAUCCAGGGGAUGAUUGGCAGGCUUUAUAAACACAUGUUGCUGACAACAGAUCUCAUGUAAACAAUAUCGCAUUUCCGUUCAUGGUUCAUUUAGCCUUAACUGUUUGGUUGUGGGGUUUUGAUCAACUAAGAGCCUACAUGAUUUCCUGUGUAGUUCACUAAAACUAUGGCCUUCUAUAUGCAGAAUAUGGUGUCUCAAAUGAGCUAAAUAAAUUUUUUAUAAAUCAGAACCUGCUUGGGAAGAUUGGAACAUGAUUCUGCUUAUGACACCAUGAUGAUGACUGUGAUGAUUGUUCCAAUUAUAUAUUUUUCUCCUAUUUAUUUGAGGAAAUGUUCAAUCAUACAUGGUUUAUUCACUGACAUACAGCACUACAGCUGUCUACCAUCCAGAUGGCAUGCGAGAUGAGCCAAGCUUUAUAGAUAGACCUGGAAAUGGUGCGAACAGUCAAUCAUCUGUCAAAAAGUCACUUUUUUUUUUUUUGUGGUAAUACCAGAGUGCUAAAGUUACUUUCUAUUUUCAUCCCUCUCUAGUCUGGAGGCUGUUAUGAAUGAAAUUUAAUAAAGCAUACACACUUAAAAUAUAAUCCAAUGGUUAGUAAAUAAAGUAAAAAAAUUCAGUAUGAAAAUUAGGUUUGUUAAAUUUAGUUAAAAUUGUGAGUUCAACCAAGCAACUUACUUUUUUUUUUUUAUCUCACUUGAAUGCGUAAUAUUGCAUCUGCUCAACUCAAAUUUUAGACAAGACCUCGAAAAACAGAGAAGAAAAUAUCUUGUAUCAUAUCUGUUCAUCAGGUGCUAAUAUAACAUAAAACUUGUUUUAAUAUGUUAUCAUUUCUGUAAUAACAAGAAGAUGUUUAUUAACUUCAUUAACAUUUAUGAAAGGAGUUUCUAAUGUCAACUCUUUAACAGUCGGAAGUAAAACUGUAUCUUUAAGAUUUCUGACAUGGGAAAGUCUUCAAGGACAGACAGCUUUCUGGAUUCUCAGUAACACGACAAGCUGCAUUUUUUUCAUUCUUAGUAACUUCAAAAAUAAAAGAAGCUAGUGAUAACAGGAAAUAACUUGUUUUGUGGAAGUUUCACAACAUUAAACAUAAGUAUAAAUGGAUAAAAACUACAACUGUCAUUCAUUAAUAUAUAAAAUUUGUAAUAAGUGUAAUAAGGUGUUGUAGUAUAAGAGGAAUAAAACACUUGAGAACAUACUGUUAUAGGAAAAUAAUUAACUUAAAGGUGGUAACAGUAGCGCCCCUUUGUUUGGGCUCACAUCACACUACCUUGUUUUUGAUUAUUUUCCUAUAACAGCAUGCCCCAACAGGUUUUAUUCCUUACUUGAAUGACAGUUAUAAAUAAACAUGAACAUGAGCUGUUGCAUAUUUUAAUAUUGGCUACAGGUAUGGCUUAGCCAGAGGAGAAUACAGUGAUAAGGACAACCAGUCACUGUUAAAAGUACAAGAGCGUUUUUAAUGUCUUUCAGAGAAAUAAAAAUGAUCAUGAUAUACAAGCAAGGCAUUGCUUGAGCUUAAUAGCUUCCUAACUAUGAGAAAGUCUUUGUGGUUGUACUGGUGUGGGUGUGGGAUAGUUUCCAUUCUCUGAACUCUUAAUCAGUGUUUGUGUGAAAGAAUUCAUCGUUCUUUAUGAAGAUCCUGAACUUGUUACUACAGGCUGAUAGUGAGCCUUAAAUAGAAACUUUCUCCACUCAGUAGUCGUGAGCUCCACACCUGUUGGAGCAAAAGCCACUUCACGCCAAUGGGAUCUAUUACUGUGGGGAGAUUAGUCACAGAAAUGCCACACCAGGACCUGAGAGAGCUUCCAAACAUGUUUAUUACUGGAUAUUGGCAGCUUGAGGGAGUUAAAACAUGUUGAAUCCAUCUGGUGACAUACAUAGAUGUUUACCUUUAUUUUAUUUCACUAUUGAUACCACUUUAAUCAAUUAAUCAUUAUUUGGGUUCCUUUAAAUGUUCCUCUUUACAUAAUGUCAUUUUUAGGUUGUUAUAUGGACUUUUCCCUUUGGUGGACGUGUAUUAUUUUGUAGUGUGCAUGUGAACUGGGUCACACAGGUUUGUUUUCACCUGUUGUAUAAUUAGUAUUUAUGUCUGUCUAUUUUUAUGGCACCACUCACUUGGAGUCAUGUUGUGAAAAAGAUCUAGAAGAAGACCUAGAUCCACCAUGUUGCCUAAAAUGCCAUGGUUCAUUCAGUGGGCAGGACGUAGGGUCAGCAGACAUUUCGGAUGUAAGAAAACAUCAAAAAUCAGACAAAAAGAAGAAUCCAAAAGUAUAAACUUCUCUGAAUUGUUAGAAAAUGGCAACCCAUAAGUGAUGUGUUUUGGAGGCAGAAAUGCAUUUCAUGUGGUUUUCAGUCUGUUUAAGCUAAAAGUGUUGACUGACUCACUUCAUUAUAGACAGAGCUCGGAAUUUAACUUAUUUUUUCCCCAUGACCGUCCCAGAAAUGGUCUCAGAUGGCAGUUUUAAUUGUCCCAAGGCACCCGUAACUGUCCCAAAUACUAAACUAUGUCCUUUUAAAAAUGUCAACGCAAGACAACACAGAAACUUGAAAGAAUUUAAUGGAAAGACGGGAGCAGUGUUUAUUCAGCUUGUACUGUAAAAAUUACUGAAUAAAUUUCAUAAGCAUGAGAGAGAACUGGAAGUGAGUAAUGUCAGGGUUGUAGGAAGACCUGCCUCAGAACAAGCAGAACUGUUUCGCAGUAAUGGAAAAGUCCACAAUUUAUUUAGUACUCAAGUCUAUUUUUCUUGAGUACUCCAUAAAGUCUGUUAUGGUAAUCCAAAUAAGUGUGUAAAAGUGAAAAGGGGUCAUUGUGCAUGUGUGCGCUUAUGUAAAAGAAAUGUAGAGCACUUUUUUAGAGUUUCUUGUUUUAGGUUUAUUUCCUUUACAUGAUGUUUGUUGACAUUUAUAAUUGUGCCUCCCCGUGACUCCAGUGGUGUUUGACUUUAGAUGGUUGGUUUGAUUUCCCUCGUAAUAUCCAUUUAAACUGAAAAAUGUGUAUUCAGUUGUCUGGCUUGUCCGCCUACUUGGCAGUAAUAUUUUGUUUAGUUCAUAUAGCUAGCCUAGAUUGCACAACUAGCUUACCAUUAAUAGUAAAUAUCCAUAUCUAUAUCCAAUAUCCAAAUCUUGUUGUUUGCUAAGCAAAUAUUUUGCUUGCUUUGUUAAGUAUCUGUAGUGAUGAACGAGAGAAAUAAAAGAAUAAAAUGCACAAUUAGUGUCAUUAAUUCUGUUUUCCAUCACAAUGUAGCGAGUACACUGACAUUAGUGCUAAUACAUCUAGCUGACAUAGCAAGCAAGAUAAUUGCUUAGCAUUAUAAUGUUGAACCAAACUUGUUUCCUGAAGGGUUUUCUAGAAUUUUCUACUCACUAAAUCCCCUAAUCCAUUGGGAUUAAGCCACCGGAUCACUCCAAUCACCUUUGCCCUGCUGAAGUGUGGUCUUAUAUAAAAGCAAAUAUCCAAUAAACCCAUGUGAUCUCAUUUCAUUUUAUUUUGGUCCUGAGCUUGAGGACAUAUGGUAGAGGGUUAUAAUUGUUCUGUUGAGGUCUUGCCAUGAUGUUUCUUGCACAAAUGAUGUCAUUGAAAUGCAAAUGAAUGUUUUGGAGGACACUGCAGUCUGAAUAAUCCACAUGUCUAUUAGUGCAGGAUGAAAAUAAUAUACUAAAAAAAAAAAAAGACAUUUUGAUAACAGAGGACACUGGGACGAAAUCUAAAAACCCAGUGUUCUGUGAGGCUUCAUUGACGAGGUCUAGUGUAGUCUAGUGUAAAGAUGAUAAAAAUCCAUACUCUGUGUUUGGCUCUGCUGACGUAAGGGUCUUCCACCGGUGGAGGAGGGGCGGGCUGGAUCCCAGGCAUGCAUGUUUGUGUAUGGGAGAGAGCGAGAGAGAGAAAGUGUGAGCGGCAGAGGGAUGGGAGGAGAAAGAGAGCCAUUGUCCAGCCUCUUAGUUCUCCACAGGCGACCGACGGUCUGACAGCUAGACGUAGAAGUAUAAGGACAGAGGGAAAAAAAUCAGGAUCAGCCGUUUUCCGUCCCUGUUUGACUUGACGUGAGGUUCUGCGAAAAAAUAUCAUGUGCACAAUAGAUCAAUCCAGUCUAGCACAGCCAUGAAAGCCCAGCGGGAGAGGUUAAGGAUUCCGGGGCUGACACUCGACCUCACUCCAAGAAGCUUGAGCCCGACUCCCACAAGCCCUUGCAGCCCAUGCAGCCCGCUGCACGCCUUCCAUUUUUGGAGCUGUAGGACAGGUAACAGGAAGAGUCUUAUAGGAAGUGGACAAUCAUCAGGCCUUCCUCGACCACACUCCCCCUUUUCUUCACACACAGGCACGAGUCCUCAGGACAGCCCUAGAAACUUCUCCCCCAGUGCCUCAGCCCACUUCUCCUUCGCUCGCAGGACUGACGGCCGCCGCUGGUCCCUGGCAUCCCUCCCAUCAUCCGGAUAUGGAACCAACACCCCCAGUUCCACUAUUUCUUCAUCCUGUUCAUCACAGGAGAAGCUCCAUCAGCUGCCCUUCCAGCCCACUGCCGACGAGCUCCAUUUCCUGUCCAAGCACUUCUGCACUGAGAGCAUUGCUGGUGAUGACCACCGCAGGGCCACGCCCAUGCGCCCGCGCUCACGUAGCCUCAGCCCUGGAAGAUCUCCAUCGUGCUGCGAUCAUGAGAUUAUUAUGAUGAAUCAUGUGUACAAAGAACGCUUUCCUAAGGCCACGGCACAGAUGGAGGAGCGCAUUCAGGAGAUCAUCAGCAGCAGCUCCCCAGAGAACGUGCUGCCUUUGGCGGAUGGAGUGCUUAGCUUUGCCCAUCACCAGAUCAUCGAACUGGCACGCGACUGCCUGGAGAAAUCUCGCCUCGGCCUCAUCACUUCUCGCUACUUCUGCGAGCUCACUGACAAACUCGAACGACUUUUUCAAGAGUCCACUGAGAGAUCCGAGAGUGCUGAGGUGACUUUCAUUAAGGAACUGGUGAAGAAGAUCCUCAUUGUCAUUGCCAGACCGGCGCGCCUUUUGGAGUGUCUCGAGUUUGACCCAGAGGAGUUCUAUCACCUGUUGGAGGCGGCUGAGGGUCACGCCAAAGAGGGGCAAGGCAUCAAGACGGACAUUCCACGCUACAUUAUAAGCCAACUCGGUCUGACACGCGACCCUUUGGAAGAAAUAGCCCAGUUAACCAGCUACGACAGUGGAAUUGCAGAAACUCCUGACACUGAUGAGUCUGUGAGUUCACAGAGUCUGAGUGCACCACUGCGACCCCGCCGUAAACCCUGUGAGAUAGACUUCGAAAUGAUCAAACUCAUCAGUAACGGAGCUUACGGUGCUGUCUAUCUGGUGCGACACAAAGAGACCAAUCAGCGCUUUGCGAUGAAGAAGAUCAACAAGCAGAACCUGAUGCUGAGGAACCAGAUCCAGCAGGCGUUUGUAGAGAGGGACAUCUUGACCUUCGCUGAGAACCCAUUUGUGGUCAGCAUGUACUGUUCCUUUGAGACACGCAGACACCUGUGCAUGGUCAUGGAGUACGUCGAAGGUGGGGACUGUGCCACUUUGCUGAAGAACAUGGGUCCUUUGCCAGUGGACAUGGCCAGAAUGUACUUUGCUGAGACACUCCUUGCUUUGGAAUACCUCCAUAAUUAUGGCAUCGUCCACCGAGACCUGAAACCAGACAAUUUGCUGGUCACUUCAAUGGGACACAUCAAGCUGACCGACUUUGGCUUGUCUAAGGUGGGCCUGAUGAACAUGACCACUAACCUCUAUGAGGGCCACAUAGAGAAGGAUGCCAGAGAGUUCUCAGAUAAACAGGUGUGUGGCACCCCUGAAUACAUCGCGCCAGAGGUAAUCCUGAGGCAGGGAUACGGGAAGCCUGUGGAUUGGUGGGCAAUGGGGAUCAUUCUCUAUGAGUUCUUGGUAGGAUGUGUGCCUUUCUUCGGAGACACUCCAGAAGAGCUGUUUGGUCAGGUUAUUAGUGAUGAGAUAAACUGGCCUGAAGGGGAGGACGCACCUCCAGCUGAUGCUCAGGAGCUCAUCACACUGCUGCUCAGGCAGAACCCACUGGAGCGCCUGGGAACUGCAGGAGGAGCUUAUGAGGUCAAGCACCACCAGUUCUUCCACAGUCUGGACUGGAACAGUCUGCUCAGGCAGAAGGCUGAAUUUAUCCCCCAGCUUGAGUCCGAGGAUGAUACCAGCUACUUUGACACCCGAUCUGAAAGGUACCAUCACUUGGAAACUGAGGAAGAAGAGGACACAAAUGAUGAAGACUUCAAUGUGGAGCUGCGCCAGUUUUCCUCUUCCUCACACCGAUUUUCUAAAGUAUACAGCAGUCUGGAUCUGUCCCGUGGGCAGCUGGAGGAAAAGGGAGAGCAACCGGAGAAGAAGAGUGAGAGCCCCCUCACUGUCGACUCGCUCAGCUGGACUCCAGACUUCACUGAAAUACCGUCCCUGUCCCACUCGUCUGACAUGGAGAGCACCAGCACGGGCCGACACUCAGGACUCCUGCCGAAGUUUGCCAUUUCAGCAGAGGUGGAGAGCUGCGAGAGUUCGCUUUCCCUGGACAAGCCCGGUAAAGUGUCCUUCUCUGUCGGAGAGCUUCCUGAGGACGAGCCUGACGCCACCACCCCCUCCAGCCCAGUCAGCAAUGCCACCCUGUCAGGCAGUUUCUCUGAACACCUGGACCAGCUGAUAUCACGGCCAGAGGGAGUGGACAGUCCAGACACUGCUAGCAAGCCAUCCACUGACGCGAUCAGCCAUUUGACCUCCCCGAGACCAGAGCCCAGCAUACCUAAAUCAUCGUCCACCAGCGCUCUGUCUCUCAUGAUCCCUGCAGAUGUUUUCGGCACAUCCCCACUGGCCAGUCCCAUGUCUCCACACUCCUUGUCAUCAAACCCCUCCUCUAGGGACUCCUCCCCAAGCCGAGACUCCUCUCUCUCUGCUGCCAGCUCACGCCAGCCAAUCAUCAUUCACAGUUCAGGGAAGAAGUUUGGCUUCACACUCCGAGCUAUUCGAGUCUACGCUUGUGACAGUGAUGUUUACACUGUCUAUCACAUGGUCUGGAAUGUGGAAGACAAUGGACCUGCUCAGAAGGCUGGCCUCAAAGCUGGAGACUUGAUCACUCAUGUCAAUGGGGAAACAGUCCAUGGACUGGUCCACACUGAGGUGGUAGAACUGUUGCUGAAGAGUGGAAGCAAGGUUGCCAUAUCCACUACUCCUUUUGAGAAUACUUCAAUCAAAACGGGUCCAGCUAGAAGGAAUAGUUAUCGAAGCAAAAUGAUAAGGAGAACCAAGAAGCCCAAGAAGGAGAAGACUCAAGAAAGACGACGGUCAGUAUUCAGGCGCUUUGCCAUGCAGCCCUCUCCACUGCUCCACACCAGCCGCAGCUUUACCUCCUUAAACCGAUCACUGUCCUCAGGGGAGAGUCUGCCAGGAUCCCCCACACACAGCCUGUCUCCUCACUCCCCCACUACCUCCUUCCGGCCCACGCCGGACUUCAAUCAAUCAGGUGGCACAUCCUCUCAGAGCAGUUCCCCCAGCUCCAGUGCACCAAAUUCUCCCGCCGGCUCUGGCCAUGUCCGUCCUAACACUUUGCACGGUUUGGGCCCCAAGUUGCCUGGGCAGCGGCUUCGUCAGAGUCGCCGGAAAUCAGCAGGGAGCAUCCCACUGUCCCCGCUGGCUCGAACACCUUCCCCAACCCCUCAGCCCACCUCCCCUCAGCGAUCUCCUUCCCCCUUGCUCUCUCACUCAGUGGGAAGCUCCAAAACUACUCAGACCUUCUCAGCCAAGAUGCACUCGCCUCCUACAAUUGUCAGGCACAUGGUGCGCCCUAAAAGUGCUGAACCCCCUCGGUCCCCACUUCUUAAGAGGGUUCAGUCAGAGGAAAAGCUCUCACCAUCCUACACAGGGGACAAAAAGCACCUUUGCUCCAGGAAACACAGUCUGGAGGUGACCCAAGAGGAAGUUCAGGCUGGGGUUGGAUCCGGAGGUGAGCACACACUUCAGUGUGUGGAGGAGAGCUUUUGUGAACUUCCCGCCAUCACCCGAGUAAGACCUGCCGAGCAGGGCUGCCUGAAACGGCCUGUGACUCGUAAGGUUGGUCGCCAAGAAAUGGUGGAGGACCUUGAUAAAGAGAAAUUGAAGGCCAAAGUGGUAGCAAAAAGACAGGACUGGCAUGAGAGACGAGAAUCUCUGCAAAAGCAAGAUGCUAUUCAAGAGGGUGAAUCUACCCAAAGCACCACUGGGUGUUGCACUGUUGAUAACAAAGCUGCCAAUGCUACAGUAAAAGAUGUUCUAUAUAAAAAACUAAACACACGAGCAUGUGAAAGCAUUGCAGACUCCAUGAGCAGCACUGGGGACUCUGCCUUAAAUGAGGGUAUAAGGUCAGCCCCAACCCAGUCAGACCGACAGCUGGCUUGGCAGAUUAAAGAGAGCAGUAAACCAGACAGGCUUGAUUUCAAAGCUCCCAAUAUGGAAUUUGCUCGAAAAAGGCAGUCCUUUGAGGAGCGUGAGGACUGUAUGUGUCGAAUCACCCCUGGUGUUCAUGAAAGCCUUCACUUUAAUACCACUAGGUCCAAAAGUCUCCAGCUGGAUUCUGCUGGAAUCACCACAUCUGGAAUCAACACAGAUUCCUUGAGCCCUAAGCUAUUCAGUGGGCGAGGGGAGAGUGCUGUAGAGAAGCUUCAAAUUAUCUCGUCCACUGAGGGGUCUAUCAGAAAGACUUCAUCUGAGUACAAAUUAGAGGCACGACUUGUGUCUUCCCUGAAACCACUGAAGGGAACACUGGACAUAGGACUGCUCUCUGGACCCAGGAUCUCCAAAACUGAUACAUGUCUCUCAAGAAUAGCCAGCAGCCAAGGUGACAGUGGUGGUCUGGUCGGAGCUCUGCAAAACCAGAGUGAAAAGCAGCCCCAGAUCCCCACAAAUAAACAGACACAGACUGCUGUAGAGAUGGAAAGUCUUGGUGCUUUGAGCAGCAAAAAUGCAGGAAAAGAAGAACCCACAUGCAAUAGAGACAGUGUUGUUGGUUCAGUUAGCCAUGAAGGCACUCAUGACAAAAAUAAGCAGGGUGAAGGAAUCAAGUUACAGGCCAUAUCCAGUAAAAUGGAGCCAAUAGAUUUGUCAGCAGGUGGAAAACCAGAGACUAAGUUGAAAACAGUUCAGGAGAUGAGGCCUGCUCGACACAGUACUCAUUUUGCUUGUGGGAAAACACCCUCAAUAAGGGAGGUCAGCAAUGAAGACCAAGAUGAUGAGAUGGAAAAUCCAGAGGAAAAGCCUACCCUGCAAAACAACACUGUAGAAACAAAGAUGCCAGUGACCCGUGACCAGGUCAUUAAGCAAAACCCAUCCAUACCCUCAGAUCUCUGUGGUGUUGAUAAAGAUAAAAAUGUGAGAGAGAUCCUUGUCAGUCCACAGAAGUUGGAGCAGGCUGUUGUAAAUAACAGCCAAAUAACCAUGGAGAAGGACAGAGCACUGAAUACACUGGGCUUAACUGUGGUUCCACAGGAGGUUCAUCAGUCUAAAACCGUCAGAGACAAUGCCACAGGAGCUCGGAGCUCAACAACAGCUUUGGCGCAGACUUUGCCUCCAAAACCAGACAGAACAUUUAGUGCACAAAAGUCAGGAUUGGAUUCAAAAGGCGGGAUUGGCGCAAGUGAUGAGAAGAAACCAGAAAGCACAGCUCAAAACAUACGUAAGAUUUCAGAGACGAUACAAGAACAGACAACAGCAAGUAGCACACCAGUGUUAAAUGUGAAAUCAGAACAGAUUCACUCACAGAGUUCAGUAAAAGAAAAAGUAUCUGUUCCACAGAGUUCAAUUUUAACCUCCAUGUCAACCACUUCUUCUACAGCAGCUUCACCAGCACCAGAUAUCAAGUUACCUCCAGAUCCACCUCUUCAAACCAAACAGAAUAAAAACAAUGCAUCUACCAAAGGUGCUCCUCUUAAGACCACUUCUGCUGUGGUUCUCCAGUCACCACAGCGUGUACACAAAAGCCCACAGCCACCUGUUGAAGUCAAAUCAGACAGCACUGCAGUUAAACAAUCUCAGCAAAUAACAUCGACAACACUAACCAAUUCUGUCUCAGGAAACAGACAGAAAAGCUUAGAUCCUCUCUCCAAAGAAGAUGGCAGUGUCAAAACACAAAGUGCUAGGGUGGAAGAUGGCAAAACGUACAGUUCUCAAUGUCAGGAGCCAUGUGCAGUCAAAACUCAAAUCAAGGACAAGGAUCAUAAGACUUGGAUGGUUCCAGAAGGGUCAAGUGAUGAGUCCAAAACUACAUCAUCUAAUGAUAAAAUGCCACAAAACAUAGCAGUUUCGAAAGAAGAUGCAAAAUGCACUAUGCCAAAUGAGACUAAUAAUACUGCAGAGGUCAAAAAUGACAGCGUAAAGUGUGUCCUAGCUACUACUCAGUCGCUCCCCAGCAAAAAGUCAAAUCAGGAUUCUGGUGCCAAAGGCAGUGAAAAAACUAGCAAUACUGUGCAAGUUCAGUCAGCAAACAUGUUUGAAGAAAAGCUGAAAGUCAAGAGUACUCCAGAUGUAGCCAGUCAGAAGAAGGAGGUUGUUAAUGCAACUAAAAAACAACCGCAACAAUCAGGUACUAGUUCCACUGGAAAACAAGGCCUGUCGAACUCCAAGAACAAAACCAAGUUAGAACCCCCUCCUGUUACACACCAGAGUGGGAAAGCCACUGAAGAAAGAGGAACGCAAGAAAGCAAAGCAACAGUGCAGAUCAUCAAAGACAAUGCCGAACUAAAACCAAAGGAGCAGAGAGAGUCCACACUUCUUACAUCAAAAGCUCAACCACAGAGAGAGAACUUGCCUCAGACAGGCCCUCGAGUUGGUUCUGUACCUGUACCUACUGUUAAGGUUCACACACCAAGUGGAUCUCCUACAUGCAAGGGCACUGGGGCCACAGUGGAGACCUCAAAGUCAUCAGACUCCUCGCAGAAAGUUAACCGUAAAGACUUGCAGAAAUCCACAGCAUUGGUGAAGGAUGGCGCAGCACCAGAGCAAGAUUCACCUCACGCCAAGCAGUCCAAAGAUCUGCCCCGAGGUUCGAAUAAUAAAAAGUGACGGUGGGAUGUCGAUGGUUGCCAAAUCACCUUUUGUAGGAAAGACUGCAAGGCAAUCUUUUUUUUCCCCCAUGCAUUGUAUUAUAGCACCUUCCAUUCUGAGGACCGAUGAAGCUGUUACUUCAGUGUAUCGUGGAGGGCGAGAGCAAUGAGUGCUAGUGUGUAUGCUAGUCUAUAGUAUGUUUCUGAAAAAUUCUAAGUUUGAAUGUACCUGAUUUGCUGCUGAUUAUCAUUUUGUAGUUUUGUGCAUCACAGGAAAAGAGGACAUGAGGUAUAUAGAAAAGAUGUGUGCAAUCCAUUUGACAUCGAGGGAUUUGAUGCCUUUGAGUCAUAAAUGAACUGUGCCAAUUUAGAUACCAAACAAGAACUCUACGUAUUGUUUAGGAGUCGUUGGAAUCACACUGCAUUUCGAUUCAUUAAAAAAUAAGAAGCAUUUCUCAAUCCAUAUGAAGGUUAAGUAAAUUGCAACGGUUUUGUUCACACUUAAAAAGCCACAGACGAAGUAUUUGUAGCAAUGGUGCUGAUCUAUCAGCACACACUCUUCACUCUUCAAGUAGAAAAAAAAUGCCACCCAUUGUUUUCGUCUCAUUGUUGUUAUUCUCGUUCUUGUUUUCUUUGACCUACUUAAAGGCAAAGUUUGUUUUGGGCCGAGGGAAUGCACAUUUAUCCCGUGCUUCUCACCUAGAACUAUUUUAUAAUGGAAUCAUCUUAGGGUUCUGGUUUCAUAUCUAGUGGAAGGGGCCUUAAAGUAUUUUUGGGCAGUCCAGCUUGCUGUUCUUAGCAGGUUGUGUCAAAAUUCACAUUCCUUUCACAUGCAUUUACUAAAUACUCAUUUUUAUGCAAUGUACUGUACAUAAAGCAAUGUUAAUUGUACAAACGCUGAUCUGUCAGAUCAGGACUUUGAUUCUGAAUAUGAGUGUUGUGUGUUUUAUAUGUAUAUAUUUUGCUAUGUCAUAUAUGUUUGUAUACGGUAAUGUUUGUUGCUCAGCGAAAUUUUCACGAUGCCAUCUGAAAUAAGCUAGUCAAAAUAUAGAAAAAGGCAAGAUCUUGGCCUCUGAUAUGAUCUAUACUUGAAAUUACACAGGCACUAAAAGCAGUAAUCGCACUCAUACGCAAUUGUGUUUUAGGCAAAGGCUAAAAACACCUCAGAUGUCCUCUGAUUGUUGCUGAUUAACUAAAUGAUAGAACAGAGGAAUGUUAAAUAGUGCAAAAGCUCUAUUUUUAAAAAAAAAAAAAAAAAAAGAAGUGAAUGUUAAAAAGUUUGCAACCCUGUGUAUUAUAAUUAUGAUUAUUUUCCCCUUUUCAACACAUUUUUCACGUAAGGAUUUUAGGGCUAUUUUUUCCAUUUGGCCACCUGCAACUGUAAACCACAUCUCGAGGGUUAAACGGUGGCCACGUUUAUGAUCAGUCAGGGUGGACUUUCACAGUCAUGAUGUUCAGCUAGUGUUCCUGUGUCCUGUCUCGUUUACUGCCCAUAAGUUGCGCAGUCAGUCAAGUACAAUGUAUAAUACUUAUAAAAGUGGGACGUGUAAUAAUAAUCUAGUGUUUUUGCACUGUCCGUUAGCUGUACCUUUAAGUCCAUGACUGAAAUAUACUGUCAAAUUCAUCUGUUUAAAAUGUGACUGUAAUGUGUGUAUCGUCUCUGAGUCACCUGAGUCAUUUUGUAACACUUUCACAUGCACAGUAAUGACAUGAAACAUUAAAUAAGAUGCUAUUUGAUCAUUUUUGUGUGUGAUAUGUGCUCUGAAAUGACUACAGUAAUCAGUCCUUUAUGUCAUAUAAACUUAACUGACAAGAUAUUUUAGUGACGUUGCCGUAAAAUAGUCUAAUCUAUUAUAUUAAAGUGAUAUUCUAGUUAUCUGUAGAUUGCAAAAACUAUACAAUGCUUAGGAGUUGAAUGUGAAGUCAAACAAGUCAAGAAAUUAUAAUUAUAAAGUGAUUAAUGUUAAGAAAAACUAAUGAAUUUGAGAGAUUUUAAGCGGUAUUAGCAAAAUCAGAAGUCCUCAUGAAGCUUCGCAAAUGUAGUGUUUGUAGCAUGAGGAGACAAAACGCACCUUAUCGUUAAUGUUACUUUGCAUUUGGACGAAAAGAUAACGAAUAAUGAAGGACAAGACCAUUAAAGGAAUGUGAAUGUUUAACAGGGCAUAAAUAUGGUCAAACUACAAACGUUUAUUCAGUAGAUUGUCUUUCAGUCCCCUUGCCUUUUUAUUCAGAUGACUAAUGUAAAAUCCUUAAUUAAGCACAUUUCUUUGUUUACAGCGAAUUCCUGGAUGUAUAUUUUGAAUAUUGUGUUAUUAAUUUGCCAAAUUUGUGUUCCACGUCACAGGACAUUGCGAUCGUAGUGUUUGCAUGGCGUCCUUCUCCAGCAGGUUGUGCAGUCUAAGAUUGUCAGUCUAUGGUAUAGUCAAUCUAUCCAUCGUGAAUCUGUUGGGUCUUAAGCGUCCAGCAUAUUUUCUGAAAUUUUCUUUUCUGUCAUCCAUUCUGUGAAGCUAGUGUUUGUAUAAAUGGCCCUGCUUCAUCGUCUUCAUCAUUGUCUGUCUUUAGAAUCUGUGCAAUAAGAAAUGUGGUUUUGAGUUUUGUAUUUCACCCAAUGGAAGCUCUUUGGAUGUCAUAGAUGUUGUAUUCUAUACAAAUAUUUAUACUUCUAAAAAUUGUAUAAUUCUGAAAAUAAACAGGCAUGACAUUA